AUGACAAAUGUGAGCCACGUGACAUUUUUCCUCAUGGGCCUUCCUCAUGUACCAGUGCUAGACACCCCCUUUGGAAUCUUCUUAGUGAUCUAUGUACUCACCGUGAUGGGGAACCUAGUCAUCCUGUUGGUGAUCAUGGUGAAUUGCCACCUCCACACGCCCAUGUACUACUUCCUGACCAAUCUGUCCUUUAUUUAUAUGUGGUUCUCCACGGUCACUGUGCCCAAAAUGCUGAUGACCUUGGCCUCCCCAGGAGGCAGAACUAUCUCCUUUCAUGGUUGUGUGGCUCAGCUCUACUCUUUCCACUUCCUGGGGAGCACCGAGUGUUUCCUCUACACAGUCAUGUCCUAUGACCGCUACCUGGCCAUCAGUUACCCACUCCGGUACACCAGCAUGAUGCGUGGGAGAACGUGUGCCCUCUUGGCCACAAGCACGUGGCUCAGUGGCUCUCUGCACUCUGCUGUCCAGACUUCAUUGACAUUCUGUUUGCCCUACUGUGGGCCCAGCCAGAUCCAGCAUUACUUCUGCGAUGCACCGCCCAUUCUCAAACUGGCCUGUGCAGGCACUUCUGUCAAUGAGAUGGUGAUCUUCGUCAACAUUGGCAUAGUAGGCUCGGGCUGCUUUCUCCUGAUAGUGCUGUCCUAUGUGUCCAUCGUCUGUUCCAUCUUGAAGAUCCGCAACUCAGAGGGGAGACACAGAGCCUUUCAGACCUGUGCCUCCCACUGCAUUGUCGUCCUUUGUUUCUUUGGCCCUGCUAUUUUCACUUACCUGAGGCUGGGUUCCAAGGAUGCUGUGGAUGAGGUUGUGGCAGUUUUCUACACGGUGCUGACCCCCCUUCUAAACCCUGUGGUGUAUACCCUGAGGAACAAGGAAGUGAAGAAACCUCUGCUCAAGCUAAAAAGUAAGUCAGUACUGACUCUGAGUAAAUAUUCAAAAAAGGUCAUUAAUGGCUAG